CAUCCAAAGGGGUUUAGAUUCAGUUUUAAAUCUAUUCUCAGUCCCUCUAAGUCUCCAUCUAAGCUAAACCAGAGCCAGGCUUCUGUUGGUACAGAUGAUGAGCAAGAAUCAUCGCAGGAGGAACAGCGAGAUGAUCAGUACUUUGAUCCUGUUGUGCCACUGCCUGAUCUUGUUGAGGUCUCAACAGGAGAAGAGAACGAGCAAGUCCUAUUCAGUCACCUGGCCAAAUUAUACUGCUAUGAUAAAGAUCUUAGUCAGUGGAAGGAACGAGGUAUAGGAAACCUUAAAAUACUGCAACACUAUAAAACAAAACGUACCAGACUCGUGAUGAGACGGGACCAGGUCCUCAAACUGUGUGCAAACCAUUGGAUUGCUUCAAAUAUGAACCUUGAGCCCAUGAAAAGAGCCGAGAAAGCAUGGAUCUGGAAUGCCUUCGAUUUUUCUGAAGGGCAGGGCAAGGUGGAACAGUUAGCAGUCCGAUUUAAACUGCAGGAAACUGCAAAUGCUUUCAAAGAGGUCUUUGAAGAGGCAAAGACUGCACAGGAAAAAGACACUCUGCUCACCCCAUUUUCUGCAUUUUCUAAACCGGAUAAAAGACCUGGGGCAAAGCUUGGCACUCAAACCACCAAGACUGUGGUCUCUCCUCAUAAGUUUGUUUUUGGGUCAGACGCUGUACAAAAGAUCUUUGGAAGCCCUUCACCAUCAAAAGAAAAAUCUCCUGUUAUGAUUCCCAGUUCAAAAGAUGAGAAAACAGGUGCCUCAAAACUGAAAACCUCUGGACCAGCAGUGUCCAGCCAGUCUUUCAGCAUACCAACAAGAGAUGAUGAUUUCUCGUGGUCAGGUGCAGGAGCCACAGUCUCUGGAAACACAGUGAAAGAAAUCUCUCUGCCAGAGGUGGAGGUGAGGUCCGGUGAGGAGGAUGAGGAGAUCCUGUUCAAAGAAAGAGCCAAACUCUACCGCUGGGAUCAUGAGGUCGACCAGUGGAAGGAGCGCGGUGUGGGAGACAUCAAGAUCCUCUUCCACCCUGUGAAGCAGAUGUGGCGCGUGCUGAUGAGACGCGAGCGGGAGCUAAAAGACUGCGCCAAACACAUUAUCAGCCAGAGCAUCGAGCUAAAGCCCAUGAAAACCUCGGCUAACGCGCUGGUGUGGACCACUACAGACUACUCAGAGGGGGACGGGAAAGUCGAGCAGCUGGCAGUCAAGUUCAAGACUCCACAGCUGGUGGAGUCCUUCAAACAAACCUUCACUGACUGCCAGAGUCGCAUGUUGCAGACUGACGCUGCUCAGAUGUCUGAUUGAGAGGCGCUGUCUCAGAGACUCAAA